AUGAAAAUAAUUCUAGUUCUAUGCUUAGCAUUUGGUAUUGCUUAUUCUGCUGUUAUAAAUAAUUCUAAAGAUGAUAAACUUCUUAUAUUAGUUAAUAGAAGAGAUGACAUCGAUCAAACAUAUAACUAUCGUUAUGAAACACUUUCUGGAACUAAAGUAGAGCAGCAUGGUUAUUUAAAAUAUGUCACACCAAAUGCAACUGGAAAUUCUGUUGAAGGUAGAUUCUCGUAUAUUGGCAAUGAUGGAGAGGAAUAUAAAAUAGCUUAUACUGCUGGAGAAUUUGGAUAUCAACCAAGUGGACGUCAUAUUCCAUCAGUUCCACCAGCAAUUAAAAAAGCUUUAAAAUAUAUUGCUGAACAUCCUUACGUUGAACCUACAAGAAGAACAACUAAUAAACAAAAGAGCUGAGAAGCG